AUGUACAAAAAUGGUGUUAUAUAUGAUGAUGUUGAGAUGGGAAAGAUAUUUCUAAAAUCAUGGAUGCUUUUUGUGGAUAAGGAACACUUCAAAGACACCUUGAGAGACUAUUGUUUACAGGAAGGGUUUGCCUUAGUUUUUAAUAGGUCAGAGGAGCUUAGGUAUAUAGCAGUUUGUGCUGAUGAAAGGUGUGGGUGGAGAAUCCAUGCUGCUAGGCUAGUAGAUGGAUAUACCUGGGAAAUUAAAACCAUGAAUCAAAAUUAUAAUUGUGAUUUGAAUUUAGUUACUAAUCCUAUGGUGAACUGUGAAUGGGUUGCUAGAAAAUUAUUGGAGCAUAUUAGAGCAAAUAUGAACAUUAGAGGGAAAACUAUGAAUGAGUUUCUUUGGGAUAGAUAUGGUGUGAGAAUGGCAACUCCCACACUUUAUAAAAUGAAAGAUAAGUUUAAAGGCCUAAUAGAUGGUUGUAAAGGUUUGGUUGGUGUUGAUGGCACCCAUCUUAAAGGGAAUUUUGGAGGGAUUUUGUUGGCUGCUGUCUCAUUGGAUGGAAACAAUAAGAUAUUUCCUGUAGCUGUUGCUGUGGUAGGUUAUGAGAAUAAGACAUCAUGGAGUUGGUUCUUCCAUCAUCUGAAGGCAACCUUGACUGCAAGUGGAAGGUCAGACUGGACCAUUAUGUCAGUUUGGCAAAAGGGCAUUGAUCCUAGCUUAGAUCAAGUGUGGCCAAAGGUCCCUAGAAGAUAUUGUGAAAGACACUUGUGCAAAAAUUUCAAGACGGAUUAUCUAGGAAUCUUGAUGCAUAAGCUCUUUUGGUCAGUUGUGAAGUCAUGUUCUCAGUACACAUUCAAGAAAGCUUUGCAAAAAAUACAAAAAGUAGUUGGACUAGGAGCAAUUAAGUGGUUUAAAGAUAUGGGUCCACUUGACAGAUGGACCAAAUGGAAGUUUGAUCCUACUCUGUGCAAUGAUAAAGUGACAAACAAUUUUGUGGAGAGUUUUAACUCCACAAUAGGUGCAGAUAGGUGUAAUCCUAUCCUCACAUUAUUAUAUGGUGUGAGAAGGAUUGCAAUGGUAAGGCAUGCUACUAGACAACACCUAUCUCAGCAAUGGGUAGAACCAGGUAUAUGUCCUAACAUCAGAGAAAAGGUGAGAUAUUUGACAAAAAAGUCAAGGAGUUGCCAAGCCUAUCCAUCUGGAGGGGAGAGUAUGAGGUGGCAAGUCAGUGGUAUUCCAUGUAAGCAUGGAAUUAAAGCCAUAUUGGAUGCUGUUAAAGACCCACUAGACUAUGUCUUAGAUUGGUUUAGUGUAUCUAGAUAUAAAGCAGCUUAUAAUGGCAGCAUUUCACCAAUCCCUAAUUCAGAACAGUGGCCAGAUUUGGGUCAACCAACACUCAUUCCUCCAACCAUGAAAAGAGGAAUUGGUAGACCAUCUAGGAACAGGAGAAGAGAGGAGGGAGAACAGAAGAAAGGUAAGAUAAGCACCACUGUACAAUGCAAGAAAUGCAAGGACUUUGGUCAUAACUCAAAGGCUUGUAAAGCUGGGGCUACAACUAGGGAACUAAGGGAACAACAAGGAGGUGGUGUGCAACCUAGACCUGAAGUCAACAGCCAGGCCUCUAAAAGAAGACAAAGUCAGAGCAGUGGCCCGAUUGAAGUUGACUCCAAUCUAAUUGAUUUGAUGAUCAAUCAGUCACAACCAGACUUAGACACCAGGGAAAAAAAAGGAAGGGCUGUGUUUUCUUCAAAACGUAGCCCUUCUUUCUUGUAG